CUCGUCACACUGUUCCUCGUGUUGCCCAAAACCCCCAACAAUGAUGAUGGGGAGGCUGAUUCAACGAGGAGCAGCAGCCACUGCUGUUGCGAUCACGACCACACGCGCAGCACACUCUGCUGCAAGCUUUGCAGUGCGCCCAGCGCUGUUGGAUGCGGUGAAGCAGCUUGGUUUCACCAAGCCAACUCCAAUCCAGAGCACCGUUGCUGACGCCCUCAGUAGCAACACCAUGCGCAAACCCCUCAUUGUCGGUGCUCAAACCGGCAGUGGCAAGACACUCGCGUAUGUGUUGCCCAUGCUGGAUGAGUUACUGCAAGCACCUGGACGAGGAUGUGGACUCGUAGUAACACCUGGCAAAGAGCUGUGUAUGCAGGUGACGCAAGUUUGCUAUGCUGUGGCCAGCAAGGUGGGGAUGAAGACCGUGCAAAUGUACUCCUAUGACACCCUCGACCAACUCAACAACCCAGAUGUCAUCGUCACGACAGACACCGUCCUCAAGACUGUUGACCUGUCUACACUAGCGGAUCGCCUUUGCUAUCUGGUAAUCGAUGAGUUUGAUGCGGCCUUCACUGGAACAGAGACCACCCAUCUCUGGUCCCUCAUUCGUCAAGUCGCGCCUGGAGCCCUCAAGUUAUCGUAUUUGAAGCGACAGCGUGCGAUAAAGCUUGGGCUUGAUCCUAGUGAGGAAGAGGAGCAUGCAGUGCGCCCACAGGUCAUCUUCACCGGCGCUACCCUCCCUGAUCGCGGCACCAAGUCCACCAUGGCCGAGGUGUGCAGCCGCCUCGCACCUCACAUCAUCGUCUCAACACCAAAGUUGCACACGCCUGUUGACCGGCUUGUGCAGCUGUUUGACUUCACGUGUGUGACGCAGGAGCCCUCGCCCGCACCGCGUCCGAUUGUCAACACGACGCCUCUCGUCACCGCUGUCUCGAGGGCCCUGGAUGAGGGAUGGAAGGAGCGACAACAACACCAACACCAACAGGAGGCAGAGUGUUCUGUGGAUGAUGGGACAUCUUGCAAGCACGCGCGCGUGUGCGAAUAUGUCAGCGCUGCGCUGCAGCAAGAUGCGUCUGUUCUCGUGUUCAACAACACUGUGAACAGCGCCAUCGCUCUCAGCGAAACACUGAACGCCCGCUUUGGAGACGCCGUCCGGCCCCUGCACAAGAAAAUACCGCCGCGCCAGCGAUCAGCCACCCUCGAGGCAUUCAAGCAGGGCGACGUGAAGGUGCUGUGCUGCACGGAUUUGCUCGCGCGUGGCAUUGAUCUGAACGUCGACCUCAUCUUGCAAGCAGAUUUUGCACAGGAUGUCGUGUCAUAUCUCCAUCGCAUCGGACGGACGGCGAGGAAUGGCAAACACGGUUGCGCGGUGUCGGUAGUGUGCGACGAGCGGCUGCCGCUGGCGAAGGAGAUUGCAGCGCAACUCGACAGCCGACGCGCACAGCAGUGGCACUCGUGGCGGGUGGCAGAGGCUGGCACUGCCACGGAGCACGAUACGUCGCCCGAACAAGAUGGUGCUGACGCCGGCACAGCACAACGCACGACCGAGAGCAGUGAUGUCGGUAUCAGUGGUGUCAGUGGUGUUGGCGCUGCAACGCUGUCUUCGCUGUUCAGCCGCAAUCGCUCAGGACGGAAACGCCGACAGAGGGAACAACGCAGUGGCGGUGGCGUGACGAAGAAGGGCAAUAAGCAGAGGAGGCGCGGGUGAUGAUGAUGGAAUGACAAAUGGCUUUUGAUUGUAGUUGAUAUCGCUGUGCAGUUUAGGGAAG